CGCUGGCCCGCGGGGUCGCGGCAGAUGGCGGCGCCCGUCGGUGCGACCAGGCCGGGGACCCCGUUUCCAGCUCUCACCUCUGACCCGCCCGCGCUGACGUCAUGAGGCUGCCCUGGGUCCGCGCGCUGCCGCGGGGGCUCUGGGGGGCCUGGGGGUGCCCGCAGGUCACCCGGAGCCUGUCCCACCACGGCGGUCGCCCAGCGGGGGAGCCGGCAGGGCAGGCCUGGGGGGACACUGCGGGGGACUCCUCGGGGGGUCCCUCAGAGGACACCUCGGGGACCCCGGCCUGGCGCAGCACCCCCCGCGGGGCGCAUGACGAGGGCCGGGGCUCCGAGGGCCGGGGCUCCGAGGGCCGGGGUCCCGCAGCCUUCGCGGCCGCGCUGUCGGCGCUGGAGCAGGCGCCGGGGCGGCGCGUGGGGCGGCUGGAGCUGGUGGAGGCGGCGCUGGCGGCCAUGCCGGCGCUGGGGGUGGCGCGGCAGCGCGAGGCCUAUCACCGGCUGCUGCGGCUGCUGCCCCGCGGGCCCUGGGUGCCCCGCGGGCCCCUCCAGCGCCUGCUGGCCCCCUUCCCCCGGCAGCAGGAGUGUGGCCUCCAGAUCCUGGAGCAGAUGGAGCGAUACGGCGUGAUGCCGGACGCGGAGACGCGGUUUCUGCUCCUGGGGGUCUUCGGGCCCCGCAGCCGCCCUGUCCGCAAGUGCCAGCGGAUGCUGUACUGGCUGCCGCGGCUGCGCCACGUGGAUCCCUACCCCCUGCCCCCCCAGCUGCCCCCCCCCGGCCUGGCUGCUGCCCGCCUGGGCCUGCACCGCAUCGCCAACGACCCCGACGCCCGUGUCACUGUCUAUCAGCGGCCAGUGCCAGACGAGGGGCAUGACGAGGGCUCUGUCCAGCCCUACAUUGUGGGUGCCCAGAGCCCAGAGCAGCAGGAGCUGCUGGCCCGGCACGGCCCAACACGGCCUGUCUUUGUGGAGGGGCCGUUCCCCCUCUGGCUGCGCAGCACCCGGCUGAGCUACUAUGUACUGCGGGGGGACCCCCUGCCCCCCCACCUGCGGGAGGACCCCCCAGACCCCGAGCGCAGCCUGUACUACCCCCUGCAACUCGACCUGGACCUGGAGCGUGGCCCCUGGGAUGACGACGACUUUGAUGUGGAAGAGGUGGAGGAGGGCCCCGUUUUUGCCUUGUGCAUGGCGGGGUCAGGCGACCGGCACACACUGGGACAGUGGAUCGCAGCGCUGCAGGAGCAGAACCCCGUCCUGGGCCGCACCCCUGUCAUCUUCCGCCUCCAGGAUGGGGACCCCCCGGCUGGCACCCCCGUGGGCCCUGCGGCCCCCUGCCUGGGGACGGGCCCCUCCCCACCCGCUGUGCUGGAGCCCCCUGACCCACCACGGGGGCACGGCACUGGGGGGGAUGUUGCCAGGCCCGGGAGCCAUGGGGGGCCGGACGUGCCCCCCACAUUUCUGGGGGAAUAAAGGAGUUGUCUCUGCUGGA